GUUACGAGGAGGACRACUACGAGUUUGUCGAGGAAGGAGGAUGAGUAGCAAUCCGAAUGGAGGAGGAGGUAACUGGGGGGGAGAUGGAGGAAACGGCGGGGCCGGGAACUGGAACGGUGGUGGACGCGGACAGAGCAGUAAUUGGAGCGGUGGCGGGAACCCAAGCGGGGGAAACAAUGGGGGUAACAACGGAAACGGCGGUGGGAAUAAUUGGAGCGGAGGAGGAGGAGGUGGCAGAUGGAAUGGUGGGGGAAGCGGCAACAACGGAGGAUACUACAGCAACUUCGGCGGCGCGGGAGGCAACUGGGGCGGGGGAGGUGGCAACUACAAUAACAGAAACGGCGGUGGGAACGAAAACUGGAAUGGGGGGAAUAGAGGAGGAUGGAAUAAUGGCGACUCGAGUGGAGGAGGAAAUCAAUGGAACGGUAACGGGAACAGCAACGGAGGUGGGGAUUGGAAAAGGUCCGCGAGGUGCUAUAACUGCAAUCAACUUGGGCAUAUUAGCCGGGAGUGUAUCGAAUAAGGCUUUGAAGGGGAAAGCUAAAGCCGACACAAGCUCGGAUGAGGAGGAUCUCACCAAAGAUCGGUUGGAGAAGAGGAAACGCCAGUCAGUACUAACGUGCCAAGUUGCUUCGCCUGGGGAAUCACCGUUGAAGGUGGGCCGUGCAUCCACGUCGGCCCCAAGAGCGACGGCUGACGAAAGGUCCCCACGACUGGGCGUACCACAACGCAGAACUAGAGCUGACGGCGUGCAACUGGGUUUCCCCUACCAAGAGUCUACUCUAUGGGAGGGAGCUCCUAGCGUUGAGGAGUACAACACAAUAACUGGGUUCAGGAAGGCGAUCUGGAAGUUCCAGGGUAAGAAGCUUAAACCCACGAUUCAGGAGAUGUGUCGAGAGGGAGGGAUCGUGUAUCGCGGACGACCGGAAGCGGUAGAUGGGUUGAUUGAAUUCCGGGUGAUGUAUUUCAGCAUACCAGCGGCAGCCGCGCCUGCUCCGAGACCUCGAUCUGUAGGCGUCGUCAUCCGGGAAGCGAUGCCACAAGCUGAGCCUGCAGAGGACGCAAGAGGCAAUCCUGCAGAGAGGGAAGAUACCCCAGGGAUCGAUAACCCGGCUAAUCAUAGAGAUAGCAAUCGUAAUGCGAAGCUCUACAACCGAUUUCGGCAGUCUGAUGCGUUGGAUUACAUUGCUAUUCCUAUUGCUUUCGCCCCAGUGCAGGAUCUGGAGCAGGUUGAGAAGGUCUACAUUAGGAAAUGGUCCCCUGCUCUUAACACCAAGGGAAAGAAGAAUAGCAAGGGUAAGAAGAAUAGCAAGGGUAAGAAGAACAGGAAGGGAAGGAAGGAAAGGAAGAGAGGGAGGAACCAUGUUUUCGCCAAGGAUCUACCUAUUGUUUUCGAGUUGGAUGAACUGAGAACGGUUAAACUGAUCGAGGUAUGCAAAAGAGUUGUGAAUGGGGGAAGGGUGUUUAAAUGGGAAGGAGGUAAACUAUGGGGGCAAGCAUGGGAUGUUAUCACAAAAGAGAUAGGAGCCACGGUAAUUUGCGCAAGGUCGAAAAAGAGACCAAUUGCAGAGUUAAGGACCAAUUUUGAGGAAGGUGGUGUGUUUGAAGUGGUCGAUCUGCGGGAGCGGACUCUGUGGAAAGGUAAGGCCAAGUUGAAACGUGAGCUGCACCAGCUAAUCCGGAAUAAAUGGAGCAAGAAGAAGCUUUAUGUGCAUGGAAUAGAGUAUCUGAUGAGAUUAGUGUCCGCAAUAGGGUGUUUUUCACGAGCAGCUUCGCGCUCAACUUUGAAAGAUAUAUUAGUGGGUGUAAUCUGGCGGAAAUUCCGGUUUAAGGUGAGGAGGAAGGUGACUGUCUCUGUUACUUAUGAUCUAGGCAUCUCUAUGCGAGCAGUACGGGAGUUAGUAGAAAGCAAGAUACGGGCUGAGCUACACGAGUCACUUGCCUCUUUUACGUGUCGAAGGCUGCUGAUGGUGUGCAAGAAAAAUCCCACCGUUGGGGAUGUCCUUCACAACCAUCGAUCUGCUGCUAAGCAGAUGGUGGGAGUUUGCGCAUGCGCAGACAAUGCCCUCCCAAAAGUGGAGGGUCACGUGACAUGCAGAGUAAGUGAUCUGAUGGGUGUUCACGGUUUUGUGAAAAAUGCUCGUAAUAUCGUCCCACCAGAGGGACCAAUGAUAGGUAGUAAAACCGUGCGUGAGAUUAAUGACUGUUUAGUCCGUAUGGGCUUGAAAUCGUCUGUGGAUCCGGUUGAGGUUUCCAAGUGCCGGAACGGACGCAAGAUUAAGGACAGCGGGCUGGAGGGGGAAGUCCUUGAGGUUUAGAAGUUAUGUUCGGAUAUGGUUCUAACAGCGGUAGAUCGAAACU